CUCUCAAUUACAAACCUCCUCUAACCUACAUACAAGUUAUAAUUAUUGUCAAUUCAAAGAUUCACGCUGACUAUGUCGGGCUAUACGACUUUGCGCACAGCUCUACGAGCUCGGUCUACUCACCUACCGUCGACCCCCGGUCGUCUCGCUGCUAUUAGGCAGAUUCACCCAUCCUCAGCAUUGCGCGCCCCCUACAAAGAUGACAUGGAUCGCGAAUCUUUCAAGCCCAAAUCACAUGAGUACACACAGAGCGGGACAGACGAGGAGGUUGCCACAAAGCAGGACGCCGCCUUCAACCCGAAUAAGACAGACCCCGAGACCGAGAAGAAUGCCGCUGCGGAAGAAAGUAAUGGCAACCCCUUAGAACAGAGUCCCGCAAACAAGAGCUUCGCCGAGGCAGGUAAGGGCAAAGAAGAGGAUAAGUCGCAUGGUGGACGGAAGAAGAAAGCUAGUGGAGGUGGUGGUGCGCCCAAGAACAGUAAAGUGUCCUAAAUAUGGAUGUUGAGCUCAGCUUUCCCUAAAGCUAUACAUAUCCGCAUCCAACACAAGAGUUUAGGCGUUUCAUCAAUCGUUUACCAUCGAUGUAUCACACAAGCUCUACAAUGCAGCC